GAAGUGGAACUAAGCAAAGUGUCCUGGAGCCAAGUGUAACAAAGCAAAAUGCUUCAGAAACAAGUAGAAAUAAGCAAAGUGUCUCAGAACUAAGUGGAUCUAAGCAAGGCACACCGGAACCAAGUAGAUCUAAACAAAGUAUUCUGGAACCAAGUAGAGCUAAGCAAAGUGUACCAAAAAAAUCAAGUGUAUCUAAGCAAAAUGCGCCCCAAAAAACAAAUAUAAAACUUAAGGCUUCUAAAAAACAUAGUUCUCCAGAUAAAUCUGAAGAACCUCGAAAAAAACAAAGGAAAGAAAUACCAAAUAUUCAGAAUACUUCUGCUAUUUUUAAUGAUAAAGAUGAAAAUAUGGAGUUUGAAGACGAAAAUGAGGAGUCUGAGGAAGAUAUUGAAUAA